UCUCUCACCAGGUCGCGAGUCGCUCAACGAGUCUUCAUUCGCUGGCCCAGUUUGUUGUCGUGCUGUUCUGUUCGCUGUUCCCUCAUUUCUGUCGUCUAUUUUAUUUUCGUAGUGUCGCAUAUAUUUAGUAAAUAUUUUGUUGUUGUUAUUUAUAGUUCGGACUUGGUUGGCGUGGUGCGUGUUGUAUUUUUGUUUUUCCUUUUUUUUUUUUUGUUAAUUUUUUGUUCCUGAGUGGCAUAUUUUUGUUUGAUUUUUGAUGGCAGCCAAAGACCGUCUGCCCAUAUUUCCCUCACGUGGUGCCCAAACGCUGAUGAAAUCGCGUUUGGCGGGCGCAACCAAGGGACAUGGACUGCUCAAGAAAAAAGCAGAUGCCCUGCAGAUGCGCUUUCGUCUGAUUCUGGGCAAGAUCAUAGAGACCAAAACCCUGAUGGGCCAGGUGAUGAAGGAGGCCGCCUUCUCGUUGGCCGAGGUCAAGUUCACCACCGGGGACAUCAACCAGAUUGUCCUGCAGAAUGUGACCAAGGCCCAGAUCAAGAUACGCACCAAAAAGGAUAAUGUGGCCGGGGUCACGUUGCCCGUUUUCGAGCCCUAUACGGAUGGCGUGGACACCUACGAGUUGGCCGGCCUGGCACGUGGUGGCCAGCAGCUGGCCAAGCUGAAGAAGAACUACCAGAGCGCAGUGCGUCUGCUGGUGGAACUGGCCUCAUUGCAGACCUCCUUUGUGACCCUCGACGAUGUCAUCAAGGUCACCAAUCGGCGGGUCAAUGCCAUCGAGCACGUGAUCAUCCCCCGCAUCAACCGAACCAUUGAGUACAUAAUCAGUGAGCUGGAUGAAUUGGAGCGCGAGGAGUUCUAUCGACUGAAGAAGAUCCAGGACAAGAAGCGUGAGGCACGCAAGGCAUCCGACAAGAAACGCGAGGAGCAACGUCGUCUGGGCCAACUGACCGAGGAGACCAAGGAGGUGCAGAAUAUCCUCGAUGAGGACGGUGACGAGGAUCUGCUCUUCUAGAGCCGAUGCCACAUCCAUUAUACCUUAUCCCAACAUAACCAUACACCAACCACCUGCUGCUACGCCCGACGAACCCAAUCACUCAACUCUGCUACCUCACAACCUCCCAUCAAAAGACCACCUCUCUGUUUUUCGUUGUUGUCGUUCAUUGUGAUCCGGAUGUUGUACCACUUGUCGUUCUUGGAAAUACAAUCCGUAAUCGUAACCUCUGUGA